CUUGUGAGGGUAGUUCCCAAUUACAUUCGAAAAACACCACAUCAUUGACCACGCCACACAGGGCACGCAACCAGCCCAUGCGGUGCCAGGAACAGGCUGAGCACUUGGAUUGAGGCAACCGCACAGCCCUGCAGCCUAUCAGCAGCAGUGCCCAACUUAAGGAGAGCAUACAACCUGUGUCCUGAUCAAUGAGGAGCUGACACUGGGGACAGUGAGAGACAACAACAACAACUGAGGAGCUGAGUGAUAGAAUCUUUAUGAAAAUAAGCAGUUUUGGGCCCAUUCUGCAGAACUACCAGAUACAGAAGGGGGAAACAAAAAGUGAAAAUGCAGGAUUAUGAUGAAGCCACAGCUUUCCUUGGAGAAUGGGGACCCUUCCAGAGAAGAAUUUUCUUUUUCUUAUGUGUCACUAUCAUCCCAAAUGGCUACGUGACUCUAUCUAUGGUGUUUCUGGCAGACACCCCUCAGCACCACUGCCAUCUGCCUGACUCUCUGAAUGGAACCACUGGAGAAGCUAAUCUGAGUUCACUGCUGCCUGUAGAGGAGGUGGAUGGUGAGAUGAUCUACAGUCGAUGUAGAAGAUACAAAACUCCUGUAACAGAUGAUUUAAAUGACACAACACGUGAGACUGAGCCCUGUGUGGAUGGCUGGGAGUACAGCACUGACAGGUACAUCUCUACUAUUGUCACUCAGUGGGAUCUAGUCUGUGACAAUAACUGGAAAGGACCAUUUACCUCGUCUGUGUUUUUCCUAGGGGCUCUGUUUGGCUCAAUAAUCUCAGGACACGUUUCAGACAGUGGAAUCUUUUUGUUGUUCUACAGGUACGGAAGAAAAGUUGUUCUUUUUGGAGGUAUUGCAAUGCAGACAAUCUUCAGUUUCAUUCAAGUGGCCUGUACCAGCUGGGAGAUGUUCUGUGUACUGUCCUUUUUUAUUGGCAUUGGUGAUAUCUCAAAUUAUAUUGCGGCUUUUGUUCUUGGUACUGAGGUGCUUAUCAAGUCUGCGAGGAUUGUUUACUCAACAAUUGGUGUUGGCAUAUUCUAUGCCAUCGGCUACAUUUGUCUGUCCCUAUUUGCAUAUCUUAUCCCAGAUUGGAAGAUGUUAUUACUAGCUUUGACUGUCCCAGAAAUUCUUGUUUUGCCUUUCUGGUGGUUUAUACCCGAGUCUCCCAGGUGGCUGCUCUCCCAGGGUCAAGUGGAAGAAGUGGAGGCGAUAGUGAAAGCUGCUGCUAAGCAAAAUGACAUUAAAUGCACUGGGAUGAGAUUUGAGAAUAAUGAUGGCGCAACCCACGGAAAUCUUGCAACUAGACAUACGGAUAUGCACAAUUACUUGGAUUUGAUUAGAACGAACAACAUAAGGAACAUCACCGUGAUAUCUUUUUUAUUAUGGAUGAUUAUAACCAUUGGUUAUUAUGGGUUAUCUUUCAACAUGGCUAAUUUACAUGGAGACCCCUACAUCAAUUGCUUUAUCAGUGCAGCCACUGAAAUUGUGGUCUACGUGAUGUGCUGGUGGUUUAUGCACACAACACCUCGGCGGAUUGUCACAGCUUCCAUGCUCUUUCUUAGUGGUAGUGUUCUACUUUUGGUCCAAUGUGUUCCUAAAACUCUUCGUAUUAUGACCAUAAUAUUUGUGAUGAUUGGCAAAUCUGGGGUUACAGCUGCCUUCACUAUAAUCUAUAUUUAUUCAGCUGAGCUCUAUCCAACUGUGGUGAGAAACAUGGGACUUGGAGCCUGCUCCAUGGCAUCCAGGAUUGGCAGCAUGAUCGCCCCAUACUUUGCUUAUCUUGUAAUGUAUGAUGAAGUGUUGCCCUUCAUGCUGAUGGGCACCCUGAUGUUAACAGCUGGAAUGUUUAGCUUAAUGCUACCAGAAACCCGAGACCACCCUCUCCCGGAGAUGAUACAGCAAACACAGUCAAUUAAUUGCUGCUGGUUCUCUGCCAGGUUGUCAGGUCUUAGGCCUUCCACUAUCCAGACAACUGUGCUCCAAAACAGCAACAUUUUUUCACCUGCCUCUACAGCUGAACUACAACCAAUAGCACCAGCAUCUACCUUGGCAUAUGAUUGUACAGAACUUCCCUAACCAUUGAGAAAGAGAUAUAACCUGAAAUCAGAGCAAUGAUCAUUGAGACCAACAAUGAGGCAGAAC